AUGCCUCAAUCUCAGUUCCUUCCCUCAGUGGGCAUGCUGGCUCUCGGUGCCAUGCAGGUGGCAUCCGGCGCCUUGGCUGAUCUCCAGACAUGCCCCAAUGACAUUCCUCUCAGCUGCAAUAACUCGACUGCCGUGUCUGAUUCGUGCUGCUUCAAUGCUCCCGGAGGUACCCUCCUGCUCACUCAAUUCUGGGAUACGGACCCUGCGACAGGGCCCUCCGAUUCUUGGACCCUCCACGGACUUUGGCCCGAUAAUUGUGAUGGCACAUAUGAGGAAUUCUGUGACUCGUCUCGAGAAUUCUCUAACAUCACCGCCAUCCUUGAGGAGCAAGGUCGGGACGAGCUUCUGUCCUACAUGAACACCUACUGGAAGGACUACAGCGGCGAUGACGAGUCCUUCUGGGAGCACGAAUGGAACAAGCACGGAACCUGCAUCAACACCAUCGAGCCUAGCUGCUACUCUGACUACACCCCUCAGCAGGAAGUCGGUGAUUACCUAGCGAAGGCUGUGGAACUUUUCAAGGGCCUUGACACCUACCAGGCUCUUGCCGACGCCGGUAUCACCCCCGGCUCCAAGACCUACGACCUGAGCGAUAUCGAAUCCGCUCUUGCCAAGCUCAACGGAGGCUUCAAGCCCUCCGUCAACUGCAGAAGCGGUGCCCUGAACGAGGCCUGGUACUACUUCAACAUCCGGGGCAAUGCAAUCGAUGGCGACUACGAGCCGACUGAUCCGCUCGCCGACUCGAGCUGCCCUUCCUCGGGAAUCAAGUACGUUGAGAAGCCUAAGAGCAACAACGCUUCGAUCCCUGCAAUGAUGAGAAAGAGGAUGAACCGGGCUGCUCGUUUGGUUUAA